AUGGCAACGAGCGAGCUACCUUUUCGGGGCAGCGCUAUUCGCGCGGCGAUUGUCGGUGCGAUGUCGGUGCUCUCAGCCUCAACUGACAUCGAUCCUUUGGCUAUUGCGCAAGCCAUUUCCAACGACGGUCGGUCGGGCUCGUUGGUGCAAGCGGACAAACCGUCCACGAAAUCGAACGGCGAUCAAUCCAUGUCCGAUGAUAUGUGUUCGUGGUCAACGUGUGACCAAAACGUGUACCAGUUCUUGGCCAAUCCCAGUCAAUUAUGGGGCUUUACGCCGUGUCAAUCGUGCGCUGGCCCUGGUCAAAAGUGCGAAAAUGCCACUGUGUGCCGUGACGAUAUGUAUUUGGGCUUUGACCAAGUGCAAAAUCGCUCGUUCCCCCCCGGUCACCCCCGCAAGUCGACAGCGUGUGCCUUGAACACGCAGUCGAAAAAGUGCAUCAACGCCGUGUACCAGUUUUGUUGCCUUCCUGGAUCUCCUGGAUGUGGUAAUACAGACGUGCCUACAUGCACCGCGGGCGGAUGCGCGCAGUUCGUUCAACGCGGGUCGGCGCCCCCUGGUUCCGUCGUGAUCCCAUGUCCGUUCUUGAACACGUCUGCCACGUGCGACGCCCCGGCGUGCAAGGAUCCGUGGUGGGUGCAAGAAAUCACGGCCGACUUCUUGUCUGGUAAAAACAACUGUCGCGGUCCCUCGUGCAGCAAAGCCCAACUUGCAAAUAUGUGA